GAGCUGGCCCAUCCAUCUAAUUGCAAUUCCACAGACGACAUGGCAGGCCGAUCGCUCGAGAAGAAGCUGCAGUACCUCAAGGAAGAAGCAGGUGACCUUGCCGAGUACUUGUCCGACGACGAGAACGACCAACAGAACGACGAAGCCAAUGCUGCUGCCGCGGAGAAGGCGGCCGUGAACGACUACUCGACGUGCGUCGUGGUUGAGAAAGCGCCCAAGGUGAACGCCGCCAAGUACGACAAGUUGCUGGCCGUGUUCAACAAACUGGUGUCUCAAAUCGGUGCCGUGGUUGCGAUCGACAUGCCGUACCUCCCUGGGUCCGCUGACCCGUUGACGGGUGGGUACUUGUUCAUCGAGUUCGAAACCGAAGCGGACGCGAAGAAGGCGGUGACGACGCUGCACAACUUUGCGCUCGACAAGAAGCACACGCUCCAGGCGUACUUGUACCAGGACAUCCAAAAGCACGCGGACGUGUCGGACACGUACACGCCUCCGACGCGUCCAGAGUUUGUCCCGCGGCCGAACCUGAACACGUGGCUGUCGGACCCGACGUCGCGCGACAUGUUUGUGCUUCGGCAUGGGACGGAGACCGAGCUGUACUGGAGCGACCAGGGCCGUCCGGAGCUCUUGUACGACGGCGCGCGGGAAAAAGUCAACGGCAAGCAGUGGUGCUCGCAGUACGUUGCGUGGAGUCCGCUCGGCACGUACCUCACGACGUUCCAUCCGCAGGGGCUGGCGCUGUGGGGCGGUGACUCAUGGGAGAAGACGGCGCGGCUGGCGCACCGCCAGGUGAACGUGGCAUUGUUUUCCCCCCAGGAGAACUACCUCAUCACGUCCAACGGCCUCGAAGGCGACAACGGCAUCAUGGUGUGGGAGGUCGCGACGGGCAAGUUGCUCCGCGGGUUUCCACUCGGGACCAAGGGCCACAACGCGCCGCUGGACACACCGUUCAAGUGGAGCGCCGACGACAAGUACGUGGCGCGCCGCGGCAAGGACGCGAUCUCGAUCUACGAGCUGCCGAGCAUGAAGCUGCUCGACAAGAAGUCCCUCAAGGCGGAUGGCGUCGAAGACUUCUUCUGGAGCCCCGCUGGCACCAACACGCUGGCAUACUGGGCGCCCGAAGCGACCAACUCGCCGGCCCGCGUUUCGCUCGUGGAGCUCCCGUCGCGACGAGAGAUUCGGCAAAAGAACUUGUUCAACGUGGCCGAUUGCCAUUUGCAAUGGCACCCGAGCGGCGGCUUUCUCAGCGUCAAAGUAACUAGGCACUCGAAGAGCAAGAAGACGUUGUUUACGAACUUUGAGAUCUUUCGCACCCAUGAAGCACUGGUGCCGGUGGAGAUGCUCGAGAUGAAGGACACUGUCCGUGCAUUUGCGUGGGAGCCCAAGGGGUCACGGUUUGCCAUCGUGCACGGCGAGAAUGCCUCGCGCACGAACGUGUCGUUUUACGACUGCCACGGCGGCCCCCGCCACAACGAAGUAACUUUGCUGUACACGGAGACGGAAAAACCUGUCAACGCGCUGUUCUGGUCCCCGUAUGGCAACAAUAUUGUGCUGGCUGGGAUGGGCGAGCUGAACGGGAGCCUCGAGUUCUGGGAUGUGGACGAACGCCAGAGCAUUUCGAUCCAGGAUCACUUCAAGUUUAGCCACUUGGAGUGGGAUCCGUCUGGGCGCGUGGUGACCACGGCCGUGUGCCAGCCCAUCAACAAUUUCAACGCCAAGUACACGAUGGACAACGGGUUCAACCUGUGGACGUUCCAGGGCAAGUUGCUCGAAGAGAAGAAAAAGGACCAGUUUUACCAGUUUCUGUGGCGGCCGCGCCCCAAGAGUCUGCUCACGGACGCCGAGUACAAGGACGUGCUCAAGAAUUUGAAAAAGUACGUCAAGCGGUUCACGGACUUGGACAAGAAGCGCGAGAAGGAGCGGUUGGCGGCGGAGGAGGCGCAGAAGAAAGCGCUUGUCGAGAGCUUCCGUGCCCGCGUGGCCGAGCUCAAGGCCAUCACACAGGCGCGCCGAUCGCGGUACAUCGCCGUGGCCGACGGGUACGACAGUCAAGACGAAGACAACUUUGUGGUCAAGACCACGGUCGAAGAUGUCAUUAUUAGCCAAACCGAAGAGGUUGUUCGGCAAUAAGAAGAGAAUGAAAAGUGGCAGUUUUUUACACGUGUA